AUGAAUGACCUCGUGAAUGCAAUGGCCGCCUUUAUCAACCUUCGCUUCGUCAAGCAGCAGGACUCUCAGCUGACACGCGGCCGGUCCACGAACAGCAUGUUCUCGACUCAGGAGCACGAGAACUUGGGCAAGGCAGUUUGGCAGUGGCCAUCUAUGGAGAAGGGAACGCAGACUGAGACGACGACUGGUGAGCAUCGAAUCUUCGACUUCAAUGUCGUGCCUGCCAAAGCGCUCAUGGAUAUCUUCCUCCGCAAGGAUGCAGAGAUUCAACGGCGCAUCUUCCCAGCACGCUCGAUAAAGCAGUUUCAGGCCAUGAGGGAGAUUCUUCUGGCCGGUGACACAAACAAGCUGGUGGCCGAGCUGACAUUCGUCCGCAUCAACGACUUAGCUGCGCCGCCAGAGGCAGUGGACGCUUUGUUCUACAUCGAGCCUGUGGUCUGCAUGCUGAUUCUGGUGAACGGUAUUCUGAUCGGCUUCCAGACGGACCCCCGCUUUGAGCAUUGGCCCGGCUGGCCUUACGUGGAGCUGGCCUUCGCCAUUCUUCUGGUGCUGGAAUGCGGCAUGCGAGUUUGGCUCUCCGGUGGCCUUCGGGGCUUCUUUUGCUCAGCUGAGCGGCUCUGGAACGUGUUCGAUCUGUUUUUGGUAUGCACAGCUGUCACGGACGUGACUUUCCAGCUCACCAUGCAGGAGAACUCGGACAUGUUCGGUGCCUCACUGUUACGCUUCUGCCGCCUGAUACGACUGGUUCGUGUGGUGAAAGUCUUCCGCUUGAACUACAUGAAGGAGCUGCGUUUGAUGAUCAAGGGCUUGGUUGGUGGUAUCCGCACUCUGCUGCUCGCCUUCGCCCUGCUGUUUGCAGUCCUUUACGUUAUCGCCGGAUUCGCUACGAUGACCAUCGGGCGUGAUAGUCGAACUCCAGGAGACCUCCAGGGCCACUUCGAGAACAUCCCGCAGUCUAUGUUCACUUCCUUUCGUUGCUUCUCGGGCGAGUGCUUCGCCGACACAGGUGCACCCAUUGCCUCGGUAAUGUCCUCUGUCUUUGGCUGGCCCUUUGUCCUCUCCUACGUGCUGAGUUACAUGCUUGUCUCCAUGGGAAUCUUCAAUGUGAUUCUUGCAGUGUACGUGGACAUCACCAUGCGCGCGGCCAAGGAGAGUCCGGGUUAUCGAGUAUGCUUUGUGAUUGAAGCAACCCUUGUAGUGGCUUCAUGGUACGAUUUGUGGUAA